ACAAUAAAACAUAACAACAACAACAACAAUUAUCUAUGAUCCAAACAUGAAUUCAAACUUAUGACGUUACGGAUACAAUACAGUCACGAGCAAUAUAAUGUACCCACUUUAGGACUGUCGCACUGACAUAUUUGACAUUUAGCGAGACUUACAGUUCAAUUUGUCAAAAAAGUUAAUGUGACAUGGUACCAAAGUGUAUAUAUAUUAAUGCUCGUUACCGUACAAUGUCAGACUCAGAGAACAGGAUAGUUUUUAUCGCGGAAAUCAUCUCUUGCGGGGAUGAAAAGGGGAGUGGAAAAACAUGCAUCGUGCGAUAACCGAAGUACACGCGGACGAAGACGCCAGCCACAUGGCCUAUGCUAAUGGCAGCAAAAAGCACUGGGAUGAAGAGGACACGUCAUAUUCGUCCGCGAGCCAUAGCGAUGAUAGUCCAAUAUUGUCAUAUAGGCAUGAUAAGCGUCGGUUCGCGUCGUACACACCCGUCCUGCCCACCCAGCCGGAGGACAGGGAGCGGAGGUCCACAUUAUCUGUGGUCGGCAAGUUUUGCCUGUUCAGUGUUGCCAUGAUAAUGUUCUGUGUCCUCAUGUACGUACCUGUCUAUAAUAAGGCUAACUACCAUUUGCCCAAAGGCAUAGUAGCAGGCUGGUCGGCCCAUACAAACCGCGACACAAAGAUUUACGUGCAACCAAACAACGUGACUAUCAUUCACGAACCUAAACACGUAUGUGAAACAAAUAAACAGAACAAAUUAUUUCUCCUCAUAAUAGUCAGUUCGUCUACUGGACACUUUAGGAGACGCAAGGCCAUCCGUGAAACGUGGGCGGAUUAUAACAAUUACAAAAAGUACCAAAAAAUAUUUAACGAGGUCAGAGAUAAGUACAAAAAGUAUGAUUUCAGUUACGAUUUGUUCCCAAGAGAUGAUGAGAAGCAUUUAGGCGAGAAAUAUCUCGGGAAAGAUUUCUAUCUGCCGUUAAAUAACACCAAAAUACCGCGGAAGAGAAUAAAGAAGGACAUAUCUAGUUUUAAGCAGCUAAUACCGGUUUUAGCUGAAGCUAUUAAUCAUAUAAACUUGACAAAGACUGAUGAUGUACCUGAGAAGAGAUUCGAUGAUGAUGAUGAUAUGCUGCAAGGGUUUGACAUGAACAAAGAAAUUGGGACUCAAACUGAGAGCACGGAGAGUUUCGAUUACGAAUACGAUACUAACAUUAUGAAGAUCCCGCCGGCGGGGUACGAAGACUUAGAGGAACCAAAAGAUCUGAACAAAAUUAUUGCUUUAUUAAAAAAGUCUAAAGAUAUUAGAAAAGUGGAGGAAAAUGUCGCUGAUGAUGGCAACACUGAGCGGGAUUUCAGAGUGGUGUUUCUAUUGGGGUUGCCAGUUAAUAAAACCUUGCAGAGUAUGAUAGAAGAGGAGGUUGAUACAUACGGUGAUAUAAUACAAGAGGGAUUUAUUGAUUCUUACAAUAAUUUAACUUUAAAAUCCAUUAUGAUGUUGAAGUGGAUCACGAAUAAGUGCAAUGAUAGAGUUCGCUACAUCCUAAAGACUGAUGACGACAUGUACAUAAACGUGAUGAAUCUCCUGCUCACGCUGCGCAAUAGAUCUGCGCAGUACGACAAGAAGGUAGCCGAAGGGUUUAAGAGUAAGGAGUAUAUGUUGAUUGGGGACCUCAUCAGCGGGGCCCGGCCUGUCUCCGACUUGCACAGCAAAUGGUACACACCUCGCUACAUGUACGACGGGCGCGUUUACCCGCACUACCUCUCGGGAACUGCGUACGCGUUUUCAUCCCCCGCCGCGCAUGCGCUGUACCAAGCCGCGCUCGCCACACACUAUUUCCAUCUAGAGGACAUCUAUAUCACGGGUAUGUGCUCUCUCCGCACACGUCCGCGCGUCAUACCCCGGGACGAGCCCCUCUUCUCGUACCAGUCUGAGAGCUCUGAGGAGAGCAACGUGUGCUGUGGCCAUGCGCGUAUCACUGUCCACAGGGUGCGGCCCGCUGUUAUACGGGUGUUACAGGGCCGGUUGCUCGUGCCCGCUGACGUCGACAGGUGCGAAAGAAUCCGUCUGACCAAGAUAAGGGAGCAGAGGAGUAUAUUUUACGGUUUUAAAAAAUAUUUCCGCCUGUUACCCAUUAAUAUAUGUUGCUUAGAGUAGCUUAGAGUGAAAUCCUUGUUAUAUUUUUUGUUAAAUCAAUGCUACUUUAUUUGAAAUUAUCGGCUACUUAAUCAACCAUCGAAGUAUUUGCACAAUGUAUUUUACAAAGUAUUAUAACAUGAAAAUAUGUGGAUAUUGCUAAAAGAUAUCAAACCGAAUCCUUAAUGCUGGUUGCAAUGAGCUGUUGGCUUGAAGUUGUAAGACCGAAUGUUCUUGUAAAAUCCAAACCUAACCUGAACUAUUGUCUGCAAAUCUCGGCCACAAGAGGUUACGGGCGUUGGGACCCUCACUAUAUACGUUUCGGCGACAAUAGAUGGCGUAAGUGUAGCUCCACCAUUUGGUAACCGAAAUUAUUAUUUUUGUCAUAGCUAAACUAAGCUAAAUGAUCUCUACACCUUUUUGCCACUACUUGAAGGUCUCAAGAACCUACAAACAUUAAAAAAUAUUAUAAACCCUUCCUAUUUUCUUCAGGUUUACUCUCGAGUCUGAAGUUAUCGACAACUUCCUAUUUAAAUGUUUUUUUUUAUU